AUGAGUGACAGUGGUGCAAGCAGCAGUGCUGGUGGCGAUGAUGCGGACCGCCGACGUCGCAGACGCAGGGGACUCCUGCGAAUGUACUACGGUGCCAGCAAAGAGGAGGAAGACAAGAAGAAGAAGCAGAACCCACUCGACCUGGACGGCGAAAGCUUUGAUGGUGACGCAUACCUGGCAAAGAUGUACCGCACCCAUCAUCUGCAAAGCAUCAUUGACAAGGAGUCCAAACUCGGCCGUGAAAUCAAGGCUUUGGACAGCGACAUGCAGACCCUUGUCUAUGAAAACUACAACAAAUUCAUCAGUGCAACGGACACCAUCCGCAAGAUGAAAACACAGGUGGACAGCAUGGAGGCGGAGAUGCAGAAGCUUGCGGAGAACAUGGAGCAAACGUCAAAACUCAGCGAGGACAUCACCACGACGCUGCGCCCGCGGCGAACAGAGAUCAGCCGUCUUGCAUCUGGGCACGUGAUGCUCAAGAAGUUCCAGUUCCUGUUUGAGCUCCCAGCCCGUCUGCGGCAAUGCGUUGAUAUGGGCGCAGUUGCACAGGCUGUGGGGUACUACGGCAAAGCGUCGCGCGUGCUGGAAGCAUACCGUGAUCUGGAGUCAUUCCGUGGCAUCUACACCAGCUGCCGCGAGAUUAUGCGUGCACUGCACAAUGACCUGCAGGCUAAAGUGGAGGACCCAAACACAAGUCUGGCCGAGAUACGCGAGACACUGCCGCUGCUGGCGCAGAUUGGGUUUGACAGCGAAGACGCCUUGUCUGCACGCUUAUUGCAGCAGGCGAAGCGACAGUGGGAUACAGAUCGCACUGCUCAGGAGGAAAACUACUCCAGGGAUUUGGAGGCAUUUGCUGCUUUGCAAGCCGAGGAGGCGGAGAGAGAAACAGCAGACACCGCCAAAGCAACCGUGGGCGAUGAUGGUGACGAUGAUGACGAUGAUGGUGGUGGUGGUGAUGGUGGUGGUGAGCACAACAAAGAGAGGGACGAGGGCCAACAGCAAGACCAGGAGGAGCACUCACCACAGCAGCACAAUGAAGUUGGUGAUGGCAAUGAAGAUGAGGAGGAGGAUGCUGUCACAGCAGCGGCAGGAGUAACAGAAGGCGCUGUGGCUCAACGCGGUGGCGGUGGAGACAAUGUUGACGAUACAACCAAAAGUGGCGAUGAUGAGGGGAGUCGGCGUGAAGUGCAGCCCACACACGAGGAGGAGGAGGAGGAGGAGGAGGAGGAGGAGGCGAAACAGCUGCUGCAAGCGCCGACGAAGAAGAAGAAGAAGAAGAAGAUGACAGCAGCGACGCUGGCGCACAAACCGCUCGCCGCAUUCUUGACAUUCACACGCAAGCGAUUGUUUUACGGCCUGGUGGAGUGGAUCAUGUGCUACCAGGACAUUUUUCUUCCUCAAGGCAAGCAAGACAACGAGGACCGGGAGAAACAGGAACAAGAGCUGUUUUCGUUUGUGCAGAAUCUCAUCACCACGGACUUCUUGCCAUCUCUCAAAUCAAAGCUCAGCGCCGUGCUUGAGUGGCCAAAGUUGACGGCUGCAGACAUCACAAACGCCCUCCAGCAAACACACCAACGCAUCUCCACGCUCGCUGGCGUUUUGACUGGCGGCGAUCUCACAGCGGAUGGCCUGCAAGUUGUGGUCGACGUCGCAGACACAUACACGCAGCGUUGCAUUGCCGGUGUGCACACAACACUUGGUUGCAUCAUGGCAUCAGCGCUGGAGAAGGCAACAGACCUCAACGCGUUUGACAAGGCGGUGGAAGACGCAUGCGCUGCUGUGGACGAAGCGAUGCUGGCAGCAAAGGAUGAUUUGUCAACACUAGCGGCUGGAAGUUUUGCCCCUGAACACGAUUUCUUCAGCUCCACAUUCGUCAACAAACAUGUGCGACAAGAGUUGCUGCUGCAAUCUGCCAUCCAUCUCUCCUCAACCAUCGAACACGAGGCCACCACCAAUUGGCGGGCGCUGUUGUCGUACCGAAUUGCGUUUGAAUGGACCGAGAACCGCCUUUCCACGAGCACACGCAACAUUCUUCGCGCAUUCCCGGCUCAAUCAACACAUAAGGAUGAUCUUCUGAAGGAGGAAGUGCUCUCUGUGGGGCGACGCGCUUGCAAGUGGUUGCUGAACAAGUUUACACAGCUGUCCGGCACGGCCAUGUCAAAGGAAAUGAUUCUCAGCGUCCGCGAAACAGCGCCACUGUCGACACCACAAGAUGACGACAAGCCCUCGCCUCGCAUCGCGGGUGUUGUGAAGGAGCUUGGCGAGCUGGCCGGAAAGUUGAGCGGAGUCAUGCCGGCGCCCAAGUCGUCACCGCUGUCGUCGCUGUCGCCGUUUGGUUCACGCAUCCAGCGCGAUGCUGUCACGAACGUGCACCGCCUCUUUCUGGAGGCGAUCCAGGUCUUUCAGGAGCCGAAGAACACGCUUGACAGCGUUCUGUCGUGCGUGCUUCUGAUCAUUCUCAAGGCCUUCUCCGAAGCGAUUCGAGAAUGCACUCUGACACCAGCAGCCGCUCACCAGCUUCAGGUGGAUGCGGUCUACUUGCACACACAUCUCACCGCAUUCGUUUACGACGAGGAUGUUGAAGGGUCUGUGUGUGCGCUGCUGGCCCAAGCGGUCAACGCUGUUCUCCGACGAACACCAGAGCCGCCAGCCCUCCUACCCGUCCUUGACACCGCGUAG